AUGGCGGACGUUGAUAUGACAGAUGCCCCUAGUGGAUCUACUUCCGCUGUUGCUAAGAAGGAACGUAAAGGCGGUGAUGCCGACACCAAGAACGAUGCCAAGAAACGCUUCGAAGUCAAGAAGUGGAAUGCUGUGGCCCUAUGGGCUUGGGACAUAGUUGUCGACAAUUGCGCUAUAUGCCGAAACCACAUCAUGGACCUCUGUAUCGAAUGCCAGGCCAACCAAGCGUCUGCUGCGAGUGAGGAGUGUACUGUGGCGUGGGGUAUUUGCAACCAUGCAUUCCAUUUCCACUGUAUCUCACGAUGGCUUAAAGCCCGACAAGUUUGCCCGCUAGACAACCGAGACUGGGAAUUCCAAAAGUACGGUCGUUAG